AUGAACUCCAGGUACCUGGCACCUGCAACGAUUGCCGACGGCCCAUCUGCUGUAGGACACUACAGUCAAGCAACCAAUUGGACAGACAAUGAGAGUCAGCUGAUGGUGCUCGUUCUCUCUAAUCGCUUUACAAGGGAGUUGAACAUUGAUGGUAUGGAUAUCAUGGAUGUGAGAUUGUCUCAGGAGGCUAUCAUGGCAGGGACCUUGAUGCGAGCUUUGCGUGGGGUGGUGCAACAGAAAGGACCUACAUCAGCCAAUCAAUCGAUGUUGGAUCAGAUUCGUGAGCUACAAAGGGAGAAUGCUAGAUUGAAGAGUGGCAAUCGCUCAGCAAAGGCAUGCCCACCGUCUUACCGGAGACCCAAGGCUAAGCCCAUUGCAGAGUUGUCCACAGCACCUGUUCGCAGCCUUGAGGAUUGUUGGGUGCCACGGAACGACUCAGGUGUAACCCACGACGAUCCAGAUGAACUGGCCACAUUACCAGGAUCUCCGGACAUCACAGGUUUCAGUGAGGAGGCACAGGACGACGACGCUCAGGACUAUGCUGAUCCACUUGAAACAGUGGAUUCUUUCCGACCUCAGACUGAGAAUCCGAUCUUGGAUGAAUGUAAGCUCGACAAUUUCAAGGCCACCACCAUCAACAGUUGGAUCGCCUCGAAGGUCGGUAAAGAACACAUGAAUCGAGUUCGGAAUGCUGCCGACGAGUUGUCAGCCGCUUUGUCUCGCAUUUCUCCAGGGAGCAGGCCAGCCUUGGAUGCCAUUGCAGUUUCGUGGGGACUUCCAGUCAGUGCAGCAGCGAAGGUGGGAGAGAAAUCUCUCAGCCUGUUAAUUGCAGCCUGUUAUGUCAUAGGAGAGUGUGGUGUAUGUCACAUGUGGGACCAGGCUCUGCGACUCAAUUUUACAUUGGGUCAACCGCAGACACGAUCCACCGAAGAGAAUUGUCUCGUCGGCGAAAGUGAUUUCUACUGUGGGAUCGGUGUCGUCUUGCGUCAGGUCUCUGAUACUGUGGACAGGUUGGCAGCAGAAUAUCCACUUGCAGUCAGGGCCAGCGGACAUGUUUUUGCGGCG